AGCAGCUGUGCAGAUGUAAGAGCUGUCAGGUUUCAUUUUACUUCUUGAAAGAGACAUUCUUUUUGGGGCUAUUUUGUAGUAAUUGUUUGACUCGAAGCAAGUUCUCUAGACGUACACAAAAAUGCAUUCGCUUAUGAUUUUGGGAAUUUUUUCCAUACUUAGUGGUGCAUCGGGAGUUCCGGUCCCUCAGACAGCAAAUGACAAACCUUACCAAGAAAUGAAGCGAUGUGAUGUUGGUAUUGUUGGAGGUGGAAUCUCAGGACUUUACAUGGCUUUCGAAAUAUUAACAGAAGACAAAGAUGCGAAAGUUUGUAUUUUUGAGAAAGAUGAUGAGGUUGGAGGAAGGAUUCGUGAUCACCGUUUUGAAGAAGCUCCAGAUAUCGACGUUGGACUUGGUGCUUGGAGAGUGGAUCAUAACCAAUUCUUAAUGAUAGACUUUCUAAACGAGCUUAACAUCACCUAYAAGGACUGGAGCUUUGUGGAACCCACCCUCUACGAAUCAAGAGAAAUAGUAUCGAACAACACAAAAGACAUCAAGAUUGCUUACCCUGCUCUAAAAAAUCAUCCUAAAUUUGCCGGUUUCACUAAGGCUGAUUUUUGGAAUUACAUUUUAAAACCAGAAAAUCUUGAUCGACUCGAUAAAUAUGCCUCGGUUUUUACGUACGCGUCGGAYUUGAUUACAUCWGAAGGRGUCAAUUACUUAUCCAACUUCCAGUUUCAUCGAGGGGACUUUGAAGAGCUAGUUGACCCAGUCAGCUACUUUGAAUUUGUAAAAGAAGAGAGUACUUUGACAGGAAAAUACUAUAGGCCUCAUGGAGGAAUGUCUGCGAUCAUAGAAACCCUGCUAAGUAAGGUCAAGUGCUUGGGUGGUCAUAUUUACCUAAACACCGAAGUUACUGCCAUUUUCAAAAGGGGAAGAUCCCGCUACAUAGUGCGAACCCCACGACUAAAUGCCAUUGUUAAAAAACUGGUCAUAGCUGUACCACCUGGACCUUUUAGGAAAGUAAGAGGAGGGGUUGCCAGGAAAAUUCAAAAAACAGCAGAGUUCGACUCCAUUCUGCCUAUUGAAGCAUUCAAGGGCGGGGCUGUCUAUAAGGAACCCUGGUGGGAAAAGGUGAAAGUCAACAAUAUGUCUAUCAAAGCCGGACAGCAAUUCAUCUCUCAGGAUAACUGCAUUGGAGCAAGCUUGGCACACAGGGGUUACGGUAAAAAUGGCGAAGGCGUGUUGCACACUAUCUACACGGACAGCCAAUGUGCCAGGAGAUGGUAUGGGAUUUCCAAAUUAAAGAAAGACUACAUUGACGAGGAAGUGCACAGAGCACUUGAGGCAAAGUACGGAUGCGAGAUUCCCAAACCGAUCAAGACGGAGUAUCAGUAUUGGGACCCUGCAUGGCACUUCCAGAAAUCAGGAACACCAUUCUCUAUGGCUGACAUCGGUGAGUGGGCAAAGAGACCGUUUAAACRAGAGAACAUUUUCGUCGUUGGAGAGUCGUAUAACCCAAGGCGAGGCUGGUGCGAAGGAGCGAUUCUAUCAUGUCGCCAUGCACUAAAAGAAGGUUGGGGAAUCGAAAGAGAUGUGGGACGCAAAGUCGUUAAGAAAGAGAUUAUCGUAGAUGAUUCUUUUGAUGUGUUGUAAACAAUGAGUUGGGUUACUGAACAAUACUUGACCAACUAUGUGCAAAUGUAAAACAAUGCAGAAUGGUGAUGGAAUAAACUUGACAUAAAACGUA